AUGAAUGGUCUUUUCAUCAUAUUCAUUAUAUACAUUCUGACAACUAAUUUGGAUGCAUCUAAUGCACCAGGUCACUUAUACCGAAGGCAAAACAAUAAUACUGUUAAUCCAGCAUCGACCACAGCCUCAGGAAUUUUAUGUCCUACGACACCGGUUACUUUUACAACAACUGUAAAUUCAAGUGCACCAACGACAGUAUCGACUAUCACUGACUCAACCACAUCGUUUGUUACCAUUACAGGUCAACCAAUACCCAGUGCAAUUACAACUACACUUCCUGCUAUAGAUUUUAAUCAACCUUUAAGAACGCGUAAUGAAACAAUACCAUAUCAAGCUUAUCAUGUUGCAUCAGAUUAUAAAAGUAUCACUUCUAAACAAGGGUUUUCUAAUUGUGGUGGUAUUGUUGAUAUCGAUGAUUUCCGUAUACUUUAUUCUGCGUCAAAAAAAACGUUUAUUCCUUUUUUUAGAGGUCGAUCUCCAGUUGUCGUGAAUAAUGCAACGGCACGUGUUUACGUUCAAAUAUAUGGAACUUCAACUGCAUUAGAAUUUAAUGGUAUUCCUUGUUUUGGAGCAAAGAACGCAAGUCCUUGUACUUCAGAUAAUGUAAUUGAUUCAGGCAGCACAUUUGAUGCAUCUAUAGCACAAUAUAUUGGAUCAUUUUUAAUUAAAUAUGGUUAUUUUUCUUUAAUUGAAUCACUUGGUGGUUACGCAAUUUUGACUGUUCAAACUGGGGAUAAUGAUCCGUACCUUGCUUGUGCAGUAACAAAGGUUGCUGAUGAUGAUAAUAUGGCUGACUCACUUGUUUCUCCAAGUGCUGCAACAGCUUAUACGGCUACUUCGGCCGCAGUGGGUUUAGUAUGUUUGACCCUUGCUGCUGGUGGGGUCGUCACUGUUGCCACAGUAGGGACUGAUUCACCUCCUGAAAAUGGAUACCAAAAAGAGGCACUUGAAAGUACGUAUGUUGACCAGGCAGAAAAAGGAAACACAUUAGUUGAUAUGAGCUCUGAAGGAGGAAAAGGAUUUGAAAUAACUCCAGAAGGAGGAGGAGAUGUUGGUGGUGGUAGUAGUGGUAUACCACCAGCUCAAGGAGGAGGAGAAACAGGAGCCGUACCAGGCGUAGGUGAUCAUCAGGCAACAAGUGCUCCAUCGCACGUGCAAUACCCAUCGUUUUAUGACUUUAUAUUUUAUACCCAAUCGAUCAUUACUACUGGAUGGCUCUCGUUAAAUUUAACAUCUGAAUAUAGGAAAUUCACAUCAACGUUCUCAUGGGCAUGUGCGCAAGGAUUCAUAAAUCUUAAUGUACUCGCUUCUGCUGCAAAUAAUUUACGUUAUAGCAUUUGUGGUAUUAUUGUUAAUAAGAACAUGAACGCAAUAUUAGUUCCAGGAACAUGUGUGGACAGUGAAAAUGGAUACAAAUUACCACCGGUAGGGUCAAAUUCUAGUCUUACGUUUGGUACUAAUUCUUCUCCAAGCACGCCACAAGCUACCAAACAUUUAUAUGGAUUUGAUUCAUACGCUCAUAUAAUUGGUGUUCCUGUGGAAGAUCUUCCUUUUGCAUCAAUGAUUGGAUUCUUAGUUGUUAUGGGUAUUGCAAUCACGUUGGUUCUUUUGGGUGCUAUUGUGGCUAGCAUAGUGAUAAAAUGUCGACAAAAUGCACCUGUAUUUUGGAUGACGAUGAGAAAUAAUGUGCAUUUAUUCAUAUUUGGUAUGUUGAAAAAAAUUUUAUUUGAAAAAUAUUAA